UCAUUUAUUAUUUAUAUCAAAAGACUUGAUCAAAAUAACUCCCAAAUCUCCUAUGCCCUCCGCUGCAGUGUAUAUUUCAAAACAGCGUCGCUGCCGACGUCGACGGCGCAGUCGGCUGCUGUUUCGGCCGCGUCUGCAUUUUCAGUUUUUAGUUGCGCGUCGUUGCUCGAAGCGUAAAGUUGGCGGCCCACCGAGACACCGAGAGACCGAGAGACAAAGCUGAGCUAAAAACGAGAGACAAACUCGAGCGGAGCCACAAACACAGAGACAGCGAAGCAGCGAGCAGCUACCACGGCUGAGUUCACAAAACCUCUGGCAAAUUGUUGACAGCCGACACUCGUUUUCACACUCCAUAACAUUAGCGAGUUGGUUAAACAACAACAAGAACCGCAGCUAUAGAAAGAGCUGCAAAUCAGGCGAUUCAUUAAAACAACUUAACAAAUCAACAGGCGGACAAACACAACUGCGGUGCACUGCAACAUGGAGACCUAUUUGACCGAGAUCAAACAAUUGCGCAUACCACGCCCGAAAUUCGAGCCCAAUAGCUGCCAUCAGCAGCACCAACAGGCUACCGCGACAACUGUGACACCGCCCCCUCAUCAUCAGGCCCAUCAUCCGCACCACGCCCACCAUCAGUGGCGACACUUUGUGCGCCCCUUUACGCCGCCACGCGACUAUCAUUUGCCAGUUGUGGGUGGGGACAGCGCCACGCACGACACAAUGUAGGAAGAGAAGCCGAGCGGGGUGGAGAGUGAGGGGGAGAAAGGGUCUGCGGUCUGUUUGAGCUCAAUUGGAUUGCAUUGGCGUAUUGAUUACACUGCUUGUACGUAGAGAUACAUACAUACAUGCUAUAUAGACUAUAAAUAAAUAUAUAUAAACAUAAUCCAUCAAGAGUUGAAGGCUCUUAGUGCUUAAGUUUAGUGUUUUAGUUAUAGAUAUUAAAUUAGUUAAUAAUAAAGUAACAAAGCUAAAGUGUU